UCGAGCAGCAGGCGCCGCCGGUGUGCAGAGGAGGGAACCUCGAGGUUCAAGGGGAUCUCCUCGCCAACGUCAUGCGGCGAAUCUCGGACCACAGGGUCCAGAAAAACGCUCAAAGAAACCAAAUAGACGACGUUUUACAGCAGUGGGAGGAGCCGCGAGAGCUCGCGCGUCCUCAGCCGCUCGGUGGGAGGAGCCAACCAACCGAUGGUGCUGAGCUGAUAACGCACUGAGCGGAGUUGUGAACAUUUGCGGUUCGUUUGGAUAACUAAAGGAACAUAAAACAUUUCAUGUGAGAAGAAAACAAGGAUGACCUCGGUCAGGAAACGCUGUUGUGGACGAUUUUCGUACUUCCUCACAAUGGUCUAUUUGCCAAUGUUCAGCAUCAGACCGUAAGCAACAAACAUAGACACACAAACAAAAGGAGCUCGAUCCGCUCAUGCUGUUUUGGCUGGACGGUCCAGCUCUGAACAAUGAAGAGACCCAAGCAGCAGUCACAGUCCCUCAGUUUCUCAGCUUCUUCAGCCGAAAGCCCAAAUCUGACCCCAGGAUUGAGAAGCCUGUCGGGACGUUGAACAAGGAGGAAGUGGCCAUCACUCUCACACCGAAUGAGCAUGAACAUGUGGAACAAGACCGGGCUCACAGUGAAGCUGGAUUAGAGGGCAGUAGGGAUGGAGGAGAUCCUGGGAAAGGGGACGGAGGUGGAGUGGGAGAUGAUGAGGGAGGAGUGGAGUGUGGGAGCAGUGGCUCAAUGGGUGUCCUGUCCUUGUCCUCCUCCAGUCAGGAUCAUCUGCUCGAGCACCUGGUCGAGUGCCCGCUCUGCCUCCUGAGUCAACCACGCGGCCACUUCCCUCGCCUGUCCUCCUGCCAGCACCGUGCCUGCACAGACUGUCUGCGCCAAUACCUACGCAUCGAGAUUUCGGAGAGCCGUGUGGGUAUCGCCUGCCCGCAGUGCCCUGAAGUGCUGGCUCUGCCCGAUGUCCGUGCCAUCCUGGAUGACGGUGCACUGCUGGAGCGCUUCGAAGAGUUUCAGCUGCGCCGCUUUCUGGCUGCUGACCCGGACACACGCUGGUGCCCGGCGCCAGACUGCAGCUAUGCAGUGAUAGCUUACGGCUGCGCGGAGUGUCCCAAGCUAAGCUGUGGUCGGGAAGGCUGUGAAACCGAGUUUUGCUACCACUGCCGCCAGCUGUGGCACCCAGACCAGACUUGCGACCAAGCCAGACGUCAGCGCGCUCGCCACACGUCAGGAGCCAAUGAUGUUUCCACACUCUACGUGUUCAACGAAGAGCCUGGCGAUGCAGAGGAGAUCAAGCCCUGUCCGCGGUGCGGUGCCUACAUCAUGAAGACUAACGAUGGCAGCUGCAACAGAAUGAACUGUACAGUGUGUGCCUGUCAGUUCUGUUGGCUGUGCAUGCAGGAGAUCACUGAUGUGCACUACCUCAGUCCCUCAGGCUGCACUUUCUGGGGAAAGAAGCCGUGGUCGCAGACCCGAAAGGUUUUGUGGCAGGUCGGCAUGCUGCUCGGGGCUCCGGUGGUGAUCUCACUCAUAGCAGGCAUUGCCAUACCGGUCAUCAUUGUGGGCAUCCCGAUUUAUAUGGGCCGCAAGGUCCAUGGUCGCUGUAAGAAAAACAAUAUCUCAGGAAGUAAGCAUUAUCUGACCGUGGCCAGUGGGGUCAUGAUGUCUGUUUUUGUGUCUCCAGUCAUAGCGGCCAUUACUGUGGGUGUGGGGGUGCCUCUCAUGUUGACGUAUGUCUACGGGGUCGUGCCCAUGUCGUUGUGCCGUAAUGGCUGGUGCCGGCCACAAACUGAACCUCCCGAAGUACGGAACAUACAGCUGGAAGAUCUGGCCAAUUAUCUUCUAUUUUCUCAUGUAGUCAGUGAUCACUGGACUGGCCAGCCCAACCCAGCUCUGACCGACGGAAGCGUACAGGAAGUGAGUGUGAAUGUGGAGGAAGUGACGCCGGUGCCCAGCACCAGUGUGGUCCCGUCUGGAGCAAAGGGCUCCGUUGAACUCCCUCAUGAUGGACAUGAUGACAGCACUGAGCAGGUGCUUCAGUCAGACGGUGUGGAUGGAGCGGAGGAGUGUGCCUUCAGCAGCACACAAACAUUCGCUCUGAGCAGGGAAGGGACCAAUAUUGAGGUGCGUGUGGAGAUCGAGGCUCAGCCACGGGGCGGCCGGAAGCCAAGUCUAAGCAGUAUUCUGUCGAGCAAGAGCCUGUCGGCAGAAUCGCUCAGCCAGCCCUGUGAACCUCUGUGUGCCUCUCAGCAGCCAAGGAGCGCCGACCCCGUGCCAGUUCCUGAGAUAGACAGCGUCUGAGCGACUCCUGGAAAACCACUGCUUCCACGGCCUACCUGCACUCCCGCGAGGGGCUUCCAGCCUCGGCCUGCAAACGCAGAGAGUCAGCGAGCGUCAAAGAAUAGAGAGAGAUGGAGAUACAGCAUCCAGGGCAGCUGCCAAAACGCCACAGACGGGAUUAAAGAUGAUCAUAAAAACUCAAACGACCAAGCGCAUGUUUGUCAACAAGUAUGAGGAGUGUAACCAAUUUUAUAGAAAACAUUUCCUAUUUGGAUGCUGGUCUGUUUAAUUUAUUCAACUCGCUUUCCUUUUAGCUAUACCCUUUUAUCUAAUGACCAUAUGGUUUGUGUCCCCUGACUGAUCCGUAGGGAAAAAAAGAAACGUAAUAAGCUACGGACUAAUAGCAUGGUUAUUUCUUCUGCAGUUGCCCUGUGACCAGCAACAUGGUGAAAUGAAGGCUGAAGAUAAGUGUGCUGCGGGCUAAUGCUAUGGGCUUUCCCCUCAUGGAAUUAUGCAAUUUUUUUUACAUAACUGUUGCAUUUUCAUGAAGGAGCAGAAAAAUACGUGGGAUUUAGGUCUAGAAUUAGCCCUCAGCGUCAUGCUGUUUCUGUUAUGUCCUAAAUAUGAUAAUCUUAGGUCAAAACUGAUCUUAUGGAACGUAAAUAUUGUGAGAACAGCGAGUGCUGCUUAGAAAACUGAUGACCUUGUUUUUCUCUCUUCACUUCUGCAGUAAAGUCAUUUGUUUUUUCCUGCUGUUAUUGAGUACUUAAUAAAUUAAAAGUUUUAAUAGCCCAUUAACUAAAGAGAACAUCUAAUCUCAAACAUCUGCAUUGACAGUUUCAGCUUGCUCAUUAAUACAUUGUACUGGUAGCCCAGAGCCAACAGUUGCAUAAUGUCUAGACUUUACUGGUAUUUUUGACACUUUGCAUCAAUGAAGGAACUGCUAGAUCAGGCCUCUACCCCCUGUCCUAUUCAAAAGUGAUAUCAGACAGCCCUGUUUAAAGUGUAAAAGAUCUCCAGGAGUUCCCAAAACUCAACCUUCAUAGCUGCACUGCAGACUGGGAACAGUGAAUGGAACAGUUCGUCAGUAAAAAGAUUUGUAUUCAA